CCGCUUGGCUGAAUGAUGUGGGGGAAGUUGCGCGCAGAGGGAGGCGAGAGAGGUCAUGAUGGCGGCGCUGGCUGUGCGGAGCGGCAGGCUGUGCUGCGGAUGGGUGCCGGCCUUGAUGCGGGAGAGGCCUUGUCGUCUUCAGCACCAGGGAGCAGCGGUCCAGUCUGACAUGCCUAUAGAAAUGGAGAAUCCGUACAAAGAGCCUCCUAAAAAGUGUAUCUUAUGUGGAAUAAAUGUGGACUACAAGAAUGUGCAGCUUCUGUCCCAGUUUGUUUCUCCAUACUCUGGCCGCAUUUAUGGCAGGCAUAUAACAGGCUUGUGUGAUAAGAAGCAGAGGGAAAUUUCAAAAGCCAUAAAAAGAGCUCAUAUACUUGAUCCUCCACUUUAUUUUCUUACAGGAUUUAUGCCAGUUAUGUUUAAGAACCCAUCAUUUCUUACAGACCCCAAGAUUUGUAAUGUUAAGUAUUGAGAAUAACGUACUGUAAAGAAAUAAAAAUAAAACAAAGUCAUGUUUAAUAUUC